AUACGACUAAAUUAACUAAUCUAGUUUGAUAUAAAAGUACAAUAAAAUACAUUUGUCAUCAAAUCUUUUAAAUCAGUUUAACAACGACAAUCAUCAUGACUAAAUCAAUUGUGUUCGUUAUCUUAAUUGUUAAUUCAUUUUCUUUAAGCAAUUGUGAUGAAAACGAUUCAGAUUGGAGUAACUUUUGUUCAAUGUUGAAAAACUCUACGAUAACACCUACUGAGAGUUAUUGUAUAUCUUAUAUUAAUAAAUAUGUAAAAGCUGAUAAGUGUCUUCGUUGUGGUCCAGGUAACAAAGGUCAUUGUGUCAAUUCAAAUGUUUGUUGUGGUUCAGACUUCGGGUGUUUAAUCAACAAUCACUAUUCGGCUCCAUGUAGAGCUGAAAAUUUCAUCCCGAUCCCAUGUAAAGUCCCUGGUAAACUCUGUUCAUCAGGUCAAGGAGUUUGUGUUUCCAAUGGGAUCUGUUGUAGUUCAGGAGGAUGUUUCAAUGAUUUAACCUGUGAAAGUGAUACACCAACUAAUGAUGAAUCUAUUCAACGUAUCUUUGAUUCACAAUCUUCACAUACAAUUCAAAUUUAAUCGUUCCAAUGAUAAUCAUGAUAUAAUAUUAAAACACGUUAAUUGAAAUUUUCCUUUAAUUUUGUUUGUUUGCG